GAAAUGAAACAAACCACACAAGUUUCUGUUAAAACCCUCUAAAAAAAGAGAGACAGUGAAUCAUAGCUUCCAAAACAAACAAGGACCUCACAUAAAAAAAGGUAUAAUUGUUGAUGAGGGUGAGGAAAAUGCAGCAGAGAAUAAGAAGAAUGAAUAGAAUGAAUGCUUGGGUUUGGCUGGGGAGCAUUGUAGGGAUCGCGAUAUGGCUAUCGGGGAACGCGGAUGCCUUGUCUGCACAGACAGUAAUAGACUCUCCUCUAUUGACACAAAAGAUUGGCACCAACCGAACCAUAAAGGUUGAUAUCAAUGGAAAGGGAGAUUUCACGUCCAUCCAAGAAGCCAUCAAUGCGGUGCCUCAGAACAAUUCCAAAUGGAUCAUCAUCCAUGUCAGGAAAGGAGUCUACAGAGAAAAGGUUCACAUCCCCAAAAACAAACCUUACAUUUUCCUGAGGGGCAAUGGGAAAGGCAGGACAGCCCUCGUCUGGUCAAUGAGCUCCGUCGAUAACAAGGCAUCCGCCACCUUCACUGUUCAAGCCCCCCACUUCAUUGCUUUCGGUAUCAGUUUCAAGAACGAGGCUCCAACAGGGGUCGCUUUUACCUCACAAAACCAGUCCGUCGCAGCAUUUGUGGGGGCCGACAUGGUUGCCUUCUACCAUUGCGGAUUCUACAGCACCCACAACACUCUUUUUGAUUACAAGGGCAGACACUACUACGACAAUUGCUACAUUCAAGGCUCCAUCGACUUCAUCUUUGGCCGCGCCAGAUCCAUCUUCCAUAGCUGUGAGAUCUUUGUCAUCGCCGACAUGCGCGUCAACAUUCUGGGCUCCAUUACUGCUCACAACAGGGAAUCAGAUGAUGAUAGUGGCCUUGUUUUUGUCAAGGGAAAGGUUUAUGGUAUUGGCGAUGUUUACUUGGGAAGAGCCAAAGGUGCUCACUCCAGGACUAUUUUUGCAAAGACUUACCUUUCUAGGACUAUUGAUCCCAAAGGCUGGACCAAUUGGAGCUAUAAUGGCCCCACUCAAAACAUGUUCCAAGCAGAGUACAAAUGCCAUGGACCAGGAGCUGAUACCACAGGCCGUGCAGAGUGGUCAAAACAACUUACUGAAGAAGAAGCUGAACAAUACAUGUCCAUUGAUUUCAUAGAUGGCCAACAGUGGCUUCCUGUUUGGAUUUGAAUUCUUUUCUUUUAUGUAUAAUUUUGUAUCAUUCCAAUACUUUUUUAUAUAUGUUUUUUACGCACCAUAUUUCAACUCAAUGCUUCAUUUGUUUUUGCUGUAAUCUCAACUUCUAACCUCCA